CCAAAACAUCUCUCCACACCCAACUACAACACACCGACCACCAUGGCCGCGCCGGUAGUCUACGAUGACGUCGCAGAAGGCGCAAACCUCGCUGGCCAAUUAUUCAGCGGCAAGAAAUUCUGGGUCGCGCAGCGCGUUCCGUCUCGGAACCGAUAUCUGGAUCUCAUCCGAAGCAAUGGCGGAGAAGUGGUUAUGCUGGAGAAGAAAGCCGACUAUCUGAUCGCGGACCAUUUUCGACGCGAUUGCCCACCCGGAAGCAUAAGCUAUACGUUCAUCGAGAAGUCGAUUGAGCACGGAGAGAUCCAAGAUCCCGAUCAACAUCGAGCCGGACCGCCGGUGGGGGUGGUGCGCGAAGCUGGGUCAGCAUCCAGACCUACGAAGGGCGGAAGAGCGGCAUAUACCGCCGAAGAGGAUCGGAUACUGUACAAAUGGGUGCGCGACGCUGAGGCGCAGGGUGGACUGGUGGCCGGGAACGAGAUAUACAAGCAGCUGCAGGAGAAGCAUCCACGACAUACAUGGCAGUCGUGGCGCGAUCGCUAUCUAAAACAGCUGCGCGACCGACCUCCAUCCGCCUUCAACAUUCCAGAUAAUGCUCCUCCGUCUCCCCCCACCGACGAACCCACCGAGCCAGCGGCUGCGCCAACGAAAGCAAAGCAGCCCGCAGCGAAGACUGCAGAACCUUCAACAUCGAGAAAAGUUGGCGGACUAAGCAAAGCAAGGGCCAAAGAAGACUACACCGUGCACGAUUUUAAUACAAUGUUUGACAAGGAAAACUGGGAAGAACUAUAUGCCUUUGUGGAGGAGAUUAAUAGCUGCACUGGCGAAAGGUAUCUGAACGCGUGGAAAAGUUGGGCAGAAGGCAAAACGCAAACCGCCGAGCAGUGGAAGCAAUACUUUGAGAAGGUGAUACGACCGCAGUGGGAGCAGGACCCAGUUUCAAAGCGCGAGAAGAUAAGAAAGAUGGUGGAGAAAAGACAGGAGGAAGAAGCGAUCCAGAAAGCCAGCCAGAUAUCUGUAGAAGGGGAGGAAGCACCAGGCCCGGCGACCCCGCGGAUCUUCAGUCCAAAAGUGCAGAGAAAGCGGGAUGAUCCCGAAGAUGCAUGCUUUGAGAAGUAUCUUACAGAACGGCAAAAGGGGAAAGCUCCCACAGCCUACGUGUUCUAUGCCCGGGAGAAGAAGUGGUCAGUCUGGAACGAACAGCCAGGUUUGGACUAUACUGAACUCCAUGCACUCCUUAUGUCCCAGUGGGACUCACUGUCAGCCGAAGACAGAGCGCCCUACUUCGCCUUAGAAGCUGCCGAAAAAGGCCGCACUGAGACGGCUCGGAAGUCGCCGCAGGUAUGCCCAUCAUCUUCGACCGCUGUCCACGAGACCCCGCAUUACAUUACUAAAGCAUACGAAAAGGCGUUGAAGCGAAUACAUGAGGGUGACAAGGAGAUAGAGGAGCAGGAAGAGGAGCAGGUUGAAACACCUCGACCCUCAAAGCGGCGAAAGAGUGAAAACCUAUCACCUGCGCCGGAAGAUGGACUUGAGCAGGCACCUAUUCCUGGUACCCAACAGCAGCCGGUUGAGAUAUCUUCAACAGAAAGCUCAUCGUCAGAAUCACAGCUUCCCCAAGACGAGGAUAUGGAGGACGCUAUUCAGCCGCAAUCCCAUCCUCAAGAGAGCGCAGAGGCCGACAAGGAUGCUGAGUCCCUAGAUUCGGUGGACCUCGGAACGGACGACCUUGCGCCUAUACCUCCGCCAAAUGGAGAUAUCGAGCCUCUAGCUUCGAGCGACUACCCAUCCAACACGCCUACCCCACGUGCGCCUCGUCACAAAGCGCCAGCAUUCGAUACGCAGGCUAUCUUGUCUUCUCCAUCACAAGGCUUCUCUCUUACUGCACUCCCGCGGCCCGAAGGCUUCACCCAGUAUGCUGAAGCAGAAGACGAGGCAUGCAAUCAAACCCCUCUGUUAGAACCCUCCUCUCCAGCCCACAAAUCUGAAUCAGAAGCUUCCACAACCCACUCCCUUCAAGAAUUUCGGCGCUCCCUCGAUGAACCCCUCCCGCCUCCAGAGCGCUCGUCCCCCGCUCCCUCCUCUCCCUCAUCCACAUCCUCCGGUGACCCCGACCCACCUCUUACGCCCUCCGAAUUUGACGUCUUUUUCGAAGAACAGCACGACGAAGGUUUCGCGGAUGAGCUCAUUACCGAGGCUCUCAAGCACACGCGGUGUCGACCUGAGCUCGCUAUGAAUAUCCUGGUUGCGUGGAAAAAGGACAAGCCACUGCCUAACCAGCGUGGCGUGUGGAGUAAAAGUGAUGAUGAGGACGUGGAGAGUGGGGAUGGAAGGGCGCUGGCGAGGCUGGAGAGAAAGCAUACGUGUGAUGGUUGGGGUGGGAUUACGGAGAGGCUGAGGUUUUUGGAGCAGUAUCGGAGUCGGGGUCAAGGAUCAUGAGCAGAUGUUACGUAUCUUGGACAAGAGAUGGCGUGUUAGCACGAACUAUGACAUAUCGAAGAUUUAAGGAUCUAAUGAAGAAUUUGUACCGAGGGUUGAGAUACGGAUUCUCCCAAUAGUGAGUGCCACCCCGUCUAUAGUCUGUCUGAACCAAG